AGGAGGGCGUGGGAAAUGCAAACAUAUCCAAAGUCAAAUGAACAAACAAUUGAAUAAACUAUUUGAGCAUAAGGGAUGAAGAUUGCAUGACCUUAUCACCACUAUAAUCAUACCCAUAUUUUUUAUAUAUAAAAUCGAUAGCUGCUGGUUCAACAAUCAGAUCUUAUGACCGUCAUGGCUGUGCUUUUAUCAAGAUUUCUGCAGUUUCCAAUCAGUUUAUCUGAGAAGAAUGGCAAUGCACCAGAGUCUGUGACUUCCAUGGAAUGUAUGGCAGCUGAAACAGAACUAGAUUUUGUAGGCAACAAUAAUGUAAAUGUAAAGAGUAAACUACUGAGCUCCCGUGAAGCCAUGCACAGCAUAAGAAUAUCUGAGGUUGAAGAAGCAAAAAAUAAUGUGGGUGAUGAGGAAGAUGAUGAGAAAACCAUGGAGAAAUUCAUGUGCAAAUUUGCUAGCUGUUUGGUGGAUAACGUUCUCAAACAAUCCUCAGGUCGAAAGUCUCGAGGGUGUAAAGAGAAUGAUUUCAUGUAUGAUGAAAGUUUUCGUCUGGAUAAGGGACUGAAAUUCAAGAUAAGUGUGGAAGUUCACCACCUUUAUCGUCCUAGUAAUGUUGGGUUGGGUGAAGAUACAGAAGUUUCUUCCUUGGUGAAGGACGGCGUGUCAGAGUCUAGAAGUUAUGAGGGACAUGAUAAUGUUGUUGAAGCAGAGGAAGUGAGGGAGGAUUGGAUCAUGUUGGAACUCCCACCUCGUCUUAAGCAGGCCUCUGAUAGAAAUCCUCUGCAUCUCAAUUGUGAUUCCACUCGCUUCCACUCUUCUUGUUGUCGACCACCACUUUUGUAUGCCAAAUCUCUGACCAAGAGAAUUGCUGCCAAGCCAGUAAUGCACAAUGCUGUGAAAAUCCAGAAGGAUUUUAUGUCAAAACUAUGGGCAAGCAGUCGACAUAUGAUGGUUGUAGGAAAACAUACGUUAAAGCGGCCUUUAUGCUUGUGUCAGAGAGGUCCAGAUUUCAGGAAACGGGAAUGGCUGCUAUCUCUAGCUAUUAAAUUUCGGUCGAGGUGCAAGAAGCUCAUCUGUGCAAGCACAACAUUAUGCUCACCUCCAACUUGAAAGAAGAGGUUUUAGUGAACAAUGUCACACAAUGUUCUAGUAACCUACUAUCUAGUCCCAAAGGGGCAGAAAUAAAACUAAGUAGUUUGCUAUGUUUUACUAGUUCCAGUGCUCAAUGUAGUCAUGGGUUUGGUUUAAUACAAAUUUGCAACUUACCCUUAUAAGGGUGUUAUUGGAA